AUGGAUUUCACUUUAAAGAUCCUUGUAAUAGUACCAUUCUUAUUGACUAACGAACUUAUCGCAGCUCCAAGAAAACCAAGAUUAAGCUUAGCGGCGCAGAAUCCCGGCUAUUAUUUUUCAAAUAUUGAUGGUAUACCAGGGACAUACUCAUUUGGUUAUGAUGUCUUUGAUCCCGAUACUGGCAAUAACCAGUUCAGGAGUGAAGAAAGAUAUCCAAACGGUACCGUCGUGGGGAGCUAUGGCUAUGUUGAUCCACGAGGCAGAUCUCAAAGAUUCGAUUAUAUUGCCGAUGAAAAUGGAUACAGAGUGUUACAUGAUGCACCUGUGAAAGAGAAAUACGUGCAAACAACCACUGAAGGAAAGAAUACGUUAACAGAGCCAUCGAUAACGUGGAGUCGACCGAGGAAAAAUAAUAAAAAGAAGACGAAUACUAUAAACACGCCAUUAAAUAUUCUUGAACCACCACGGUUUACAGUUCUGGAAUAAAAAACUUAAAGC